AUGUCCAUCCACCUCAUCGUCAUCGGCGCAGGCCUCGCCGGUCUAGCAGCCGCCAUCUCAACGAAGGUUGCAAAUCCAGAGCACCAAGUAACAAUCCUCGAGUCCGUGAGAGAGCUAGCUGAGAUUGGUGCCGGACUACAGCUCACCCCCAACGCAACCCGCCUCUUCAAGCCCUGGGGGAUCUAUGACCGUCUAGUCCCCAAGGCCACUUUCCCCAAAUCCCUCCUCGUCCGACGAUUUGACGGCACGAAAAUCCUCGCCCACGAGCCGGCCUUCCAAGACCAGAUCGCAUCCAGGUACCCAGCGCCGUUCUGGGGUAUGCAUCGCGUCGACUUGCAAAGGGCGAUGGCUGCACGCUGCAAGGAAUUAGGAGUUAUCUUGAAGUUAAGCUGUAAGGUCAUUUCCGUGGAUUUCGAAAACGUCGAGGUGAAGCUUGAGGAUGGAGUGGUGUUGGACGCCGAUGCGGUGCUGUGUACCGACGGCUUGUGGUCCCAGACCAGAGCUCAGUUCCUGGGGAAGCCGAGUCCGGCGAUCUUGACUGGCGAUUUGGCGUAUAGGAUUGUGAUCAAUACUGCGGAUUUGACGGGACCGGAUGCACCGGGGUUAAAGAAGUUCAUCGAAGACGAGAUGGUGAACUUCUGGGUUGGGCCAGGGACGCAUGUCGUUGCUUACACGAUGCGUGCUGGAACCGUGUACAACAUCGUUCUUUUAUGUCCGGAUAAUCUACCAGAGGGUAUAUCAAAGACAGAGGGCGAUCUGGAUGAGAUGAAAAGCUUGUUUACGGGGUGGGAUCCGAUUCUGAGGAAGUUUUUGGAUCAGGUGAAGGGCGUGGCGAAGUGGAAGCUUAUGUGGCUUGAUACCUUGCCAGAGUGGGCGAAUAAGGAAGGGACUUUCUUGAUGGCGGGCGAUUGUUGCCAUCCUAUGUUGCCGUACUUGGCGCAAGGUGCGAACUCGAGUCUUGAGGAUGGCGCGGUGUUGGGAUAUUUGCUAGGGAAGGUUGAGAAGGGAAGGAAGGAUGAACAGCUGCCGAAAGUGGCAGAGCUGUAUCAGAGGUUGAGGAAGGAGAGGGGGGAGACGCUUCAGAGGGAGACGUUUAAGCAGAGGGAGGACUUUCAUAUGCCCGAUGGGCCGGAGCAGGAGAGGAGGGAUGAGUUGAUGACCAGCAUGCUGGGUGGAGAGUUGAAGGCAGAUUUCCCGAGUCGGUGGACGUGUCCGAGGGUGCAGAGGUGGCUGUAUGGGUAUGAUGCUUACACGGAAGUUGAGGAAGGCUUCAAGUCGUAUCCCUUCUGA